CACCGGUGACAACAACCCACCUCCACGACCCAAACAGCCAUCCGACACACUUGGCCAGUCCGACUGUCUCUACCUGUACCGACGGUGACAACAACCCACCUCCACGACCCACAGAGCCAUCCGACAUACUUGGCCAGUCCGACUGUCUCUACCUGUACAACUGAUGCAACAAUCUACACAUGACUUAUGUAUCGUAUGCGAAUCAUACACUGUGAUAUUAGUACUGCAUUAUACCAGGCUUGUGAAAGCUUAGUCAGAGUAAACGAUUGUUGACAACUCUAGGGGUGGUACACUGAAGUGUUGACAUACAAAGGCAACCACUGCUGUAUACCUCUCUCACUGUCCUAUUACCAGUAUUCAAGUACAAUUCGUCUGUAUGCAUGCAAUUUGAACUUUAAGCUGAUCUCUAAAAGCUCCACGUACAGUACUUUAAUAGGCUUUUCUUAUGCCCAUGUCUAGUGAGUCACCUGACCAGCCUCGUGAUGCGCGAACCUAUUCCCCUGUCAAUAUUCUGAACUGUUUAUGUGUAAAUAUUCGGGGGUGUUCAUCCAUAUUCAUCCUGUGUGUCCGAGGUAGGCUGUGUGAGUCGUGAUAUUUGUCUCUGGUGUAACGCAACAUGAAACAGAUACUUCUGUGUGGGAUAAUACUGCUGACUGUCCGUCUUUCUCUGACCUCAGUGGCGUCUACCCACGAGUGCAAGCGGACAUGUCAGAAGAACGAACGCCCCCGGGUGUGUGUGUAUAACUUCACCGUGGAGUGGUACAGAACACUCUCUAAGGCAUGCUAUGAUUGUCCAUUCAACCACUCGGACUGUUUUCGGCCGGACUGUGUGUCCGGGGAUGGGAGGAUUAAACCCUUGAUCGCCGUCAACAGACAGGUGCCCGGUCCAUCUAUUGAGGUGUGUGAGGGGGACCGCGUGGUGGUGUGGGUGACCAAUGAUAUGGAAGAUGGUCAGGCGACCAGCAUACACUGGCACGGACAACACCAGACAGGAACGCCAUACUCUGACGGCGUUGGCCACAUCACACAAUGCAACAUCGGCGUCAAAGAAACUUUCAAAUAUGAGUUCACAGCCUCGCCAGCAGGCACCCACUGGUACCAUGGUCAUACAGGCAUGCAGCUUGCUGAUGGCUUAUUCGGUGCCUUCAUUGUCCGCCAGCAUCAGGACGUAGACCCCAACGGUGCUCUGUACGACGUCGAUGACCACAUCAUGGUGGUGGGGGACUGGAAACCAGUCACUUCAAUGACGAGAUACGUAGAUCUGAUGCACGACCUCUACGACAUGUCUCUACCACAGGGACUGCACAUCAAUGGCAGAGCACGCAAAGUUGACGUUCCCAACAAGUUCAACAUCGUCAAAACGAACCUGACCACAGCCAAGACGCCAAUGGAGGUGUUUGAGGUGACAAGGGGUCAGAGGUACAGGCUUCGUGUGAUUGGAGCGUCCGGCAACUGCCCACUACUCGUGGCCGUGGAGAAGCAUCAGCUGCAGGUGAUCGCUAAUGAUGGAAUGCCCGUCCAGCCAAGACCAGUCGAUGUCUUCCUUGUCUUUCCAGGUGAGCGAUACGACUUCCUGUUGUUUGCGAACCAGGACGUGGGCAACUAUUGGGUCAAGGUCGUCGGUCUGAGCGAGUGCCGAGUGGCUGAUGUGUCAGCGGCAGCCAUCUUGAGAUAUGCGGGUGCACCAGAUGAAGACCCCAGCACUGCACUCAUGUUCUCGACUGCAGGCGGGGUGAUGUUAAAUCCAGUCCCUAGGGUAGCAAACGAUAUUUACGGGAGGAAUCACAUAUGGAUCCGCCCUGUCGAUUUGCGCUCUGCCAGAGACGUCGACCUGACAAAACAAACAGUGGAUACCAGGCUGUAUAUAGGUAUGGAGUUCAACAACAACGACAACCAGAAAUACAACAAUAAGAAGCUAUAUUCAACUUCGGAUAUUCCACCCAGAAAAGGACAUUUUACACCCGUGAUGGAUAAUAUAACCUUCUUCCUGCCGCCCAUCCCACUGCUGUCUCAGCCGGAGGACGUUGAUGACUCGUGGUUCUGUAACAGAUCAACUGUGACGGACUCCGACAAGUGUCUGACGGAUCUGUGUCUGUGUACACAUACGCUCAGGUUUAAGCAAAACGAGAUCGUAGAGCUAGUUAUCAUAAACGAAGCAAAGGCAUUCCAAGAAUUAGGCCACCCAAUGCACCUGCACGGCCAUAGCUUCUACAUCAUGGGAGAAGGGAAGUUUAACAAGAAGUCAACAAGCCGGGCUGAAGUGAUGCGUCUUGACCAGGAGGGGCAGAUCCCCCGCAACUACAUCAACCCCCCUUACAGGGACACCAUCAACGUACGCGACGCCGGUUAUGUCAUCCUCAGAUUUCAGGCCAAUAACCCAGGCUUCUGGUUCUUCCAUUGUCACACUGACAGUCAUCUGGCCCAGGGGAAGGCCCUGCUGGUGCAGAUAGGAGAAUACAAGGACUUCCCUCCAAUCCCCUCCACCUUCCCCAAGUGUGGGGGGUGGGGCUACUCUAACGCCAAGAGGAAGAAGGGGGAGCGCCCGUGUGUCACGAGUGGAGCUGCUCAACACUCUGCCGGUUUCCUAGCGACCAUCUCUGUAGCAAUGGUUGCCUGCAGGAGUAUUGGCGCCAUGAUUCACAACUACCUCUGACUGUAUAUUAUGAACAUCUAAAACUUAUUUUAUUAUUUCCCCAAAAUGUUUAUUUCUUUACUUGCGUUAUUUACUAGCGGUAGCACCAAUUAGUUAAUUUCCUUUUAUGAAUUUAGAAAUGGGUUCGUAGAAAAAUGCUGUUGUCUAAAGAAAAUAGGAAGAAGGCAUGCUAAUGUAUCCUCAAUGGUUAUUUCUGCCGCCUUCAACUUGACAGGCAAUAUUGAGUAUGUUAAGAAUUGCAGAUUUAUAGUUCUGAUCAAAACGGUUGUCCUUGUUGUUGUUGCUUGAAGUGUUAAAGAGUUCGCCUCCUGCCUUUGCAAUUUCGACUUACCUGCCCUUUUUUGAGAUUUAUGUGUGUGAGUAGGGUACACAUAUCUAUUGAGAGUUUUAGCAUUUAUAAAAUUUCUGUUUUCGUAUUGAUAAGAUUUCUAUUUCGUAUUGAUAUGAUUUUUGUGUGUGCAUUUUUAGAAAUUUCAAUAGAAUUUCUUUGGCUGCUCUGUGUAUAGACGUUCGAGUAGUUUUAGGAGAUCCACUACAGAAAGCGGAUCUAACUGCAAUCCUCAUUUUAACCGAGACCUGGCUGGGGCGUGUUCUUGACAAGUGAGCAAUGGAUUCAAGUUGACUGCAAGAUGGGCAUACUUUGUCAUAGUGCCUUUUGUGACCGAGUCUGAGGCGUGAGAUGGCUACUUCAACUUUCCAUACAUUUGAGUAGGAGUAUGGCUUUUUGUGGAUUUUGGGUUGAAUUUUGUGUAGCCAUCUGCCUAUCUUACUCGCUUUCCAUUUGGCUUGAGAGUUUCAGCCAUUGGAGGCUUAGAUCUUGCAAUUUAUCUCUAGUUUGCUCAAGGAUAUAAGCCAUAUCUCCGCUUUGACAAGAGCUAGCUUCGCCAGUGUGUCGAUUUUUCAUUUUUAUGUGAGAUGGGAUCCAACGGGAUCCAACAUACCUCAACUUGACUGAUCAAAUGAUGAAUGGUCGACCUUGGAUUAAAGUUAUAUUCAUACUUA